AUUUCGGAAAGACAUGGCAGACGAGCGCAGACAGAAGCAAUGCACUGUUGUGCUCCCCACCGAGUCGAUGAAGGUGAUGGCAGAGUCGGUGGGUGUGCAACUGCAGGAGGAGAGCUGUGCGGCGCUGAGCGAGGAAGUAAGUUAUCGUAUUAAAGAAAUAGCGCAAGAUGCUCUCAAGUUUAUGCAUCAUGGAAAGAGACGAAAACUGACUACAAGCGACAUUGAUCAUGCUCUUAAACUUAAAAACGUGGAGCCGCUGUAUGGCUUCCAGUCGCAGGAGUUCAUUCCGUUUCGUUUUGCAAGUGGUGGAGGACGUGAGCUUCAUUUCUACGAAGAGAAGGAGGUCGACCUGAGCGAUAUAAUCAACACACCGCUCCCGCGAGUUCCGCUUGACGUCUCGCUAAAGGCUCACUGGUUAAGCAUCGAGGGAGUUCAGCCGGCUAUCCCGGAGAACCCCCCUCCUGCGCCGAAAGAGCAGCAGAAAGCCGAGUCCACGGAGCCUCUCAAAGCUGUCAAACCGGGACAAGAAGAAGACGGCGCCAUCCAGGGCAAGGGGCAGGGCGCGAGCUCCGCCGAGUCCAAGGGCAAGAAGGAGGGCAUGAUGCGCAUCAAGCCCCGCAGCACCCACGAGCUCUCGGUGGAGCAGCAGCUGUACUACAAGGAGAUCACGGAGGCGUGCGUGGGCUCGUGCGAGGCCAAGCGGACCGAGGCGCUCCAGAGCGUUGCCACGGACCCAGGCCUCUACCAGAUGCUCCCGCGAUUCAGCACGUUCAUCUCCGAGGGUGUGCGCGUGAACGUGGUGCAGAACAACCUGGCGCUGCUCAUCUACCUGAUGCGCAUGGUCAAGGCUCUGAUGGACAACCCCACACUCUACCUGGAGAAGUACCUGCACGAGCUGCUGCCGGCCGUGGUCACCUGCAUCGUCAGCAAGCAGCUGUGCCUGCGGCCGGACGUGGACAACCACUGGGCGCUGAGAGACUUCGCCGCCCGGCUCAUGGCGCAGAGCUGCAAGACCUUCAGCACCACCACCAACAACAUCCAGUCGCGCAUCACCAAGACCUUCACCAAGAGCCUGCUGGACGAGAAGACCCAGUGGACCACGCGCUACGGCGCCAUCGCCGGCCUGUCCGAGCUCGGCCCCGACGUCAUCAAGACGCUCAUCCUGCCUCGGCUGGCCAUGGAGGGCGGCCGCAUCAAGGCCGUCAUGGAGGGGCCCGUGGUGUCCAACAUCGACAAGAUCGGCGCCGACCACGUGCAGAGCCUGCUGCUGAAGCACUGCGCCAGUGUCGUCUCCAAGACGCGGCCGCUGCCCGACGUGGUGGACCAGUACCGGGCCGACUACGGGUACCUGGGCGCCGUGCUGUGCUCCCACGUGGUGAAGGCGCGGGCACAGGCAGCCUUGCAGGCCCAGCAGGUCAACCGCACCACGCUCACCAUCACGCAGCCGCGGCCCUCGCUCACCGUGGCGCAGUCGGGCCUGGGGGGGUCGGGGGGGGUGGGCACGCGCGCGCCCAGCAUCAUCAAGGUGCCCAGCUCGCUCACGCUCAUGUCCACCAGGCCCGGCACGCCCACGCAGCCGUCGCCGCCGGCGACCAAGUACAUCGUGAUGCAGACGAGCGCGGGCGCGGCGUCCACUCAGCAGGUCAUCACGCUGACGUCCGCACAGUCCGGCUCGCCCGUCACCAGCACCGUGCCCAGCUCGCCCGCCUCCCUGCAGCCGCUGGUCAAGGUGGAGUCGGGCGCCGGCACGUCCCGCCCGCUGCAGAAGUACAUCGUGGUGUCUCUGCCCACCGCCAACGCCAACGCCUCGCUGGACAAGGGCGCCUCCGCAGGGGCCCCACACGUCACCAUGGAGCCCAGCGUCAAGAUGGAGCGCUCGGAGUCGCCUGCAGCCAGCACACAGUCCCCGCACUGAGAGAGAGAUGGACAAACACACUCACACACACACACACUCGGCCAGCACACAGUCCCCGCACUGAGAGAGAGAUGGACAAACACACUCACACACACACACACUCGGCCAGCACACAGUCCCCACACUGAGAGAGAGAUGGACAAACACACUCACACACACACACACACACACACACACACACACACACACACACACACUCGGCCAGCACACAGUCCCCGCACUGAGAGAGAGAUGGACAAACACACUCACUCUCACUCACACACAUAUGAACACUUUUUUUAUCCUGAUGCGGUUUCCUCCAUAUAAUUAUUAUAUUCCCUUUUCUUGCGCACUCAAACGCAGAAAAACGUGAGCAACGCUCUCCGUGCUGAUGUAUAAGAUUGGGGUGCUAGUGGGCCAGUUUUAUAUGGGAUGGGGUGGGGGGGGACAGUAAGAAUUUUGGAAAAUGUUGAAAAUGCUGUGAGAAAAAAACUAAAUAUUUGCCAUAUGAUGCAUGAAACCUUGUAUCGUACACAUUAAAGUAGGCUAAUAAAAAUUCAUGCGUGGCACAAAGUGGAUGUUACUCAAAUGUCAAAAUAUGUCAAAAAAAGAAA